AUAUAAAGGGGGGUGUGAGACUAGAGGGGAGAGUGAAUGGCAAAGGACUGAAGGGGGCUCCCUUCGGGACUCCGACAGCCCUGUUCACCCUCGUUCAUCCUCCCUUCCCGAAGCUCGCCCUCGAAGGCAGGAGCGACCGGCGCCGGUGCCUUCGGCUGAGGAGGAGGAGGAAUCGCGCCCGGCGGAGCGUCAGUCCCGUUUUCCUUUCCGGGUCUUGAAUACAAAGAUUACGGUGCAGAAGGAAAUUGCACUCUGCUUCUCCGUCCCCCGGUACCCAACACAAUGCACCAGCCACCCGAGUCGACCGCCGCGGCGGCCGCCGCCGCUGCAGACAUUAGUGCGAGGAAGAUGGCGCAUCCGGCACUGUUCCCUCGAAGGGGCAGCGGCAGUGGCAGCGCCUCUGCUCUCAAUGCAGCAGGUACCGGCGUUGGGAGUAAUGCCACAUCUUCCGAGGAUUUUCCGCCUCCGUCGCUGCUCCAGCCGCCGCCUCCUGCAGCAUCUUCCGCGUCGGGACCACAGCCUCCGCCUCCACAAAGCCUGAACCUCCUUUCUCAGGCUCAGCUGCAGGCACAGCCUCUUGCGCCAGGCGGAACGCAAAUGAAAAAGAAAAGUGGCUUCCAGAUAACUAGCGUUACUCCGGCUCAGAUCUCCGCCAGUAUCAGCUCUAACAACAGUAUAGCAGAGGACACUGAGAGUUAUGAUGAUCUGGAUGAAUCGCACACGGAAGAUUUGUCUUCUUCCGAGAUCCUUGAUGUGUCCCUUUCCAGGGCUACUGACUUAGGGGAACCAGAACGCAGCUCCUCAGAAGAGACUCUAAAUAACUUCCAGGAAGCGGAGACACCUGGGGCAGUCUCUCCCAACCAGCCUCACCUUCCACAACAAAAUGUUGUGAUCAAUGGGAAUGCCCAUCCACACCACCUCCAUCACCACCACCACAUUCAUCAUGGACACCACCUCCACCAUGGGCACCACCAUCCAUCCCAUGUUGGUGUGGCCAGUGCACCCAUUCCUGGAGGGCCACCCUCAAGCCCAGUAUCCAGAAAACUCUCUACAGCUGGAAGCUCUGACAGCGUAAUACCAGCAGCACCAGCUUCUGCUGUAUCAUCCGGUGGCUCACCUGCAUCUGUAAUGACUAAUAUCCGCGCUCCAAGUACUCUUGUCGGUAUCGGUAUAAAUUCUGUUACUGGCACUAAUACAAUGAAUAAUGUUAACGUUACUGCUGUGGGUAGUGUUAGUGCUAAUGUGACAAGCAGCAUGCUUGGUAAUGCUAACGUGAAUACAAGCAAUAUUCCUAGUGCUGCUAGUGUGAGUGUUGGACCCGGAGCUAGCAGCAGUGUUAAUGUGAAUAUCUUGAGCGGCAUGGGCAAUGGUACUGUUUCUUCCUGUGCUGUUGUUAACAGUGUCCCUAAUGCAGCCACAGGGAUGACUGUGGGGUUGGUUUCAAGUCAGCAGCAACAACCAGCGGUUAACACAUCAAGGUUCAGAGUUGUGAAGUUAGAUACCAGUUCUGAACCUUUUAAGAAAGGUAGAUGGACUUGCACUGAGUUCUAUGAAAAAGAAAAUGCUGUACUUGUUACAGAAGGUGUGAUAAAUAAAGUGGUGGAGACUGUAAAACAAAACCCCGUGGAAGUGACUUCAGAGAGGGAGAGCACUAGUGGCAGUUCAGUGAGCAGUAGUGUCAGCACUCUUAGUCACUACACAGAGAGUGUAGGAAGUGGAGAGAUGGGAGCCCCCACUGUGGUGGUGCAGCAGCAGCAGCAACCAGCUCUUCAAGGUGUGGCCCCUCAACAGAUGGAUUUCAGUAGCACUGGUCCACAGAGUGUUUCAGCAGCUAGUAUACCACAGAGUGUUUUACAGUCACAGAUAUCACAAGUACAGUUACAGUCUCAAGAACUGAGCUAUCAGCAAAAGCAAGGUCUUCAACCAGUACCUCUGCAAACUACUGUCAGUGCUGCAACUGGUAUCCAGCCAUUGCCUGUGAAUGUUGUUGGUGUAACUUCAGCUUUAGGUCAGCAGCCUUCCAGUUUGGCUCAUCCCCACCUGCCAUAUUCUCAGACGGCUCCUCCAGUGCAAACUCCCCUUUCAGGGGCACCACCCCAACAGUUACAAUAUGGACAACAGCAACCGGCUGUUUCUACACCAAUGGCCCCAGGCCAUGGUAAAUCAGUGACUCAAAAUCCUACUUCAGAGUAUGGACAUGUACAGCAGCAGCCAAUUCUUCAGACGGCAGUGUCCUCCGGACAGCCCAGUUCUGCAGGAGUGGGAGCAGGAGCAACAGUGAUUCCUGUGGCCCAGCCACAGGGUAUCCAACUGCCAGUGCAGUCCACUGUGGUCCAAGCACAACCUGCAGGGGCAUCUGGCCAGGCCAUUGGCCAGGCUCAAACAGCAGUGUCUGCGGUACCUACUAGCAGUCAGAUUGCAAAUAUUGGUCAACAGGCAAACAUACCUACUGCAGUACAGAAGCCCUCUACUCAAGUCACACCUUCAGUUCAGCAAGGUGCUCCUCCAUCUUCACAAGUAGUUCCACCUGCUCAAACUGGGAUUCUUCAUCAGGGAGUUCAAACUAGUGCUUCAAGCCUUCCUCAACAAUUGGUUAUUGCACCCCAAAGUACCUUGUUAACUGUGCCUCCCCAACCACAAGGAGUAGAAUCAGUAACUCAAGGAGUUGUUUCACAGCAGUUGCCCGCAGUUAGCCCUUUGCCCUCAGCUAGUAGUAUUUCUGUUACGAAUCAGGUUAGCGCAACUGUUCCUUCUGCAAUGCCUUCUGCCCCAACAAACGUGGUUCCACCACAGAAUAUAGCACAAACCCCUGCCACCCAAAAUGGUAAUUUGGUUCAAGGUGUUAGUCAGCCUCCCUUGAUAGCAACUAAUAUAAGUUUACCCUUGGCACAACAAGUACCACUGAGUUCUGCUCAGUUCUCUGCACAAUCAUUAGCUCAGGCAAUUGGAAGCCAAAUUGAAGAUGCCAGGCGCCCAGUGGAACCCUCCUUAGUUGGCUUACCUCAGACUAUCAGUGGUGACAGUGGGGGAACGUCAGCAGUUUCAGAUGGGAGUAGCAGCAGCCUAGCAGCCUCUGCUUCUCUUUUCCCGUUGAAGGUGCUACCGCUGACGACACCCCUGGUGGAUGGCGAGGAUGAGAGCUCUCUAUUUCAGUGCUUCUCUCCUACCAGAGGUGCAAGGAGUGAUCCUAGAACCACAGAUACAGCCAAGACCACGGAGAGCUUUUGACGUCAGGGGUCCACUUUCUCCACUGAACCCUUGGAGGCAGAAUAUCCAGCUUCUGGAGAGAGUGGGAAAGGAUAAUAAACAAGUGGGUGCUUUCCAUUAUUUGCUUGGGUUUAUUUAUAGAUUGGAGUGUCCUUCCAUUGCCCAUUUAAUUCUAAUGGUAAACUCCUUGGGUUCAUAGAAGAACCAAGUGGGGCUGCAAUCUGUUUGUUUUUCUUCUAUGAAUGCUACCUAGUGCCCUUUCAAAAAAGAGACCUAAAAUUUAAUUUUCUCUCCAGAUAAUUAAAGCAGUGGAUGAUUUGGGGCACAUGAUUUGGUGAAUGCCCAUGUAGUCCACAGGAAUUUAUAAGGGGAAUAUUUGCCCGUUUUAGCCUUUAAUGGCAUUAGUGGACUUCUAAGUGUUCUUUUACAUUCCUAAUUAAAAGCUCUUUGGGCUAGCUGGACAUCUGAACUCUCCUAAUUGACACAGUUAGAUGUUCAGGUGUUAUCGUACCUUGUUAGUGAGGACUUUUAGAUCUUUUUCCUAUCUCAGACUUUAGGACUUUACAUUAAUUAGACUUUUUACAAGAUACAGUGAUAGUACCGUUAUGGUUUUACUGUCAAAUCUAGGUUUCAUUCUUUAAUAAACUAAAUGUGAAUUAAUUUAAGUUUCAGGAUAUAUUAUCCCUUAAAGUUUAAUAUACUCAAAAGUAGUUUUCCAGUCCCUAGUAAUAUGUUAUUUGUGGCGAAAAGAGCCUUGUCCUAGAUUUUUCCCAUGGCAUUAAAAUGGGUUUCUCUUAGUUUCUUUGAUGCCAAGGGUUGAUAUGAUUCCAGGAAGUUCUUAUCAUCUACAGUGGGUAGAACAUGAACUUGGUGCCUUUGGCAAGUUUUCAUUUUUCCUUGGUGGAUUCCUUCUGUGACUCCAGGUAUCUUGAAAAUGGGAGACCGGUUUAUUUGUUCUCUAAUUGCCCAGAUUUCUUUCAACUGGUAAACAUCAUACUUCUUCAGCAAAAGGAAUUCUUCUAGCAGAGCCUUCAUGGAUGAUAUCUGUCACACAUGCCAGCACCUGCAGUUUGGAAGGCAGUGGUGAAUGGAUCCAUGCAAUAUGUCUAGAAGACACAAGGAUGAGAGAGCCACCUGAUCUUGUCAUUUAUAAACUUUAAGAUUUACUGUGGUUUACUCUUGGUUGGAAGUGGAGAGGCUCAAAUAAUGAAAUAGUCUUUUCAGAUUGGAAUUUUAAACACGGCCAUGCAAAUAUUACUUUUUUAUUAAGAAGACUGAAAUAGAGGAAGCGUGAGAGACUCCUUUAAAAGGCAGCUCUCUAUCUGUUUCACUAAAAAGAUUGUGGGAUUGAAUCUUUUCACCUAAAUGAAACAGGCAAACUUUAUUUUUAGUAGUAUAGAAAAUCCAAAAAAAACCCCAAAAAACCUGGUGAUUGUUGCCUGACACCAGAAGGAACUAGUAAAUUAAGGGUGAACUUUUUAACUCUUCCCAAAUUAAUUUUAAUAUUAGGAAAUUCUCUCUUAGCUCAUCUUUUUUCUGUUCUUGAGCCUUAUUAUAGUUGUCAGAUCGACAAAGAUCCUAGCAUAGAAGCAGAAGAGAGAUCUUUUGAGAUCAAAGUAGCUUGGUCUGUCUUCUAAAAGUAGUAAAUACCUGCUACACUUGAGGUAUUCUUCUACACUGAAGGCAUACUAACAUUUGAAUGAUGCUGUCAAAAAGCAUUAUUUCAUAGAGCAAAGGCAUUAACUAGUAUUAGAAUAAGACUGUAGGUAUGAAUAAGUCUUGGUAAAUAGUUAUCCAAAAUAUCAAUUACAUCAAAAUAAAAAUAUAGCUUCUUAAAAAAUAGCAUAUCUAUCAAAAUGUUACUCUUUCUCUAUGAACUGGUCAGUCAAGAACUUUUUAAGGAAAAAAAUUUUAGGUCAUUUGUUGUUGUUUUAGUUGGGUAUAAAUUUUAAGAACAGAAAUUCUAGAGUUAUUAAUAUGGAAGGUUUAAUAAUUUGAUUAUUGAGCAUCUAAAAUGUUUCAGGAAUCCUAAAAGUUUUUAGAAUCCACUUUUGCUAAAAUAUAAGCUGACCUUUAUUUUUUCUUGGCUGUAUCUGAGAAAAUUUUUUUCUCAUUAAUUAUAAAUAAAUUUUUAUAAGUAUAGUACUUAAAAAUAAGUUUAAAAGAUCAGUUUGAACUGAAAUAUCCCUAGAGAGCUUUGAAUUCCUUUUAAAAGUUUUUAUUUUUGAUUUUUUUUUUUGUUAAGUGUUAAUAAAACAGUUCAUUUACAAAUACAUAUCAAUAAAAAGACAUCUGCCCAACAUUUUAGAAAGUACUCAGUGAACUGAGUGAAAUUUGUUUGGAAAUUAAGUUGGUUGAACACUUUGAACCAUAGUACAAACCAGUUUAUGGCCUGUGUGAUUAUUACCUUGUUUCAGCUUUGAAGAUGAAAACUGAUUUAAUCUCUUAAUCUCAUGCUUUGAUUAAGUUUUAGCUGUGUUCCUUAAAGUGUGCAAAAGAAAUUUAAGUGCCUUUCAGUUCAUCUCAUGCCACUUUUAAAAGCCAUUUAAAGGUUAAACUUUUUGUAUAUUGAUGUGAAGUGAUUUGUUUAUUUAGAUUCUAUUUUGAUGCAUUUUUCUUUCAGUUUUUUUUUAUAUUUCAUGUCAAAAUAUGCAGUCCUAUAUUUUCCAGUGUUUAUUUUAUGAAUAUUAAUAUAAGCUAUUUUUUUCUAGAAUGACUAAUUGUGUAAUAUUUGUAUAUGUGAUCAUUUGAAAACUAAUAAAUAUUUUCUCCAUGAAAAAAUGUACUUACUGAUAAAUGGUGUAUUUCUGUUUUAGGAGUAGAAAAUGAAAACUACAACAAUAUUUUUAAGUGUAUAUUAAUUCUAUGUGUCUUCCCUCUAAGUAUUUCUGAUUUCUUGAGAAAAUUUAUUAUUUUUUAAACUGUUAAAUUAAAAUGAUUCAUCAUGGGGUCACCGAAUGCCAAAUGUAUGAAAUAGGCAGUGAUCUAUUCAGUCUGAUUUUGCAUUUUUCUGAUCGGCUUCAGCUUAGCUUUGUUUCCCUGAUUUGGAAUUCACUUGCUGUUUUUGUAUGUCAGUUUUACAAACCAUUAAAACUCUUGAGUUCAUGUUGUAAAUUUCAGGAGUAAUUUGGUCAAAUCUCUUAAAGCUAGAUUGAUCAAAAUAUAACCUCUUAAAAAAUAGCAUACAAAAGACGGUCACUCUACCCAGAAAAAGAACAUUUGAAAACAAUGGUCGCUUGGAGAACCACAGAAUUCAUAAGAGCUGUCAACAGGAGAAUAAAAAUGUUUUCUGUUUUAAUGUUCUGCUUGAACAAGUAAUUGUAGAAGGAGAAAUCUUGACUCUAGAGUCUCUUGCUUUUAACCUUAUCGAGACAACAUGGAAAAGGGUAAAAUUUGGUUUUAACUAAGACAAAGAUUUUUGUCUUUAUAGCUACAUCAACUCAGUUUGAGCCACUGGGACAAUUUACCUUUUCUAUGCAGGGUCUGAUAGAAGCAAGAGUGUUUCCUUUUGGAUUUAAAGAAGAAUUAUACAAGAAAAUGGACUCCAUAAAUUAUAAAUAAACAUUAAGAUGGGGUCCUGGGCAAGAAAUAAGAGUUUAAUUAAUGACAAUUUGCGGAUUAACAUGAAAUAAUUGUCUUCCCCAAGAAAUGAUACUCUGAAAAAAUAAGAAUAAAGGAAAUUACUAUGAUUUAGAAUAGCUACUGUAUUUGGGGGAAGGAGGAGGAGACAAAAUCUUGGCUUUAUUAGCCUGAUAAGUUUGAAAAAGGGCUUAUAAAGAUUCUGCAGACAAAUUUCAUUUUUAGAAUUAAGGCUAUUAAAAAGUUUACAGGCAUAGUGUUUUCAAUGAAGGCUAUUAUUUGAAAACAAAAAUAUUUGUAAGCCUUUCCUGUAAGUGUAAAUAAGAGUGGAAGGCUAAAAAGAAUCCUGCACUGGAAUCUUCAAAAGUAUUGCAAAGAGUUUUAAGUAAUUUAAAUGGUGAAAUGAGUUUUAAGUAAUGGUGACAUGAGUUUUAAGUAAUUUUUAUUACACAGACUUUUCCCUACACUGUUGGUAGCUUCAAAAUAAAAAUAUUACAGAAUGUUGAACUUGGCUUACCUUUAUAUCUUCAAAGUAUAAGAAAUAUGCUUAUUAUUUCAUCAUUGAUUGAUUAUAGUAUAAAAAUCUGCGUUGAUUGUUCCUUGGUGAAGAAACAAUUUUUUUUUUUUGGUAUUUUCUGUUAAAAAAAAAAGUAAAUGUCACAUAGCAGUGUGACUGCAAAUUACUGACCUUGUUAUAGCUUAUUGUAAUUAUGUGCACACAUUUUUUUUUUCUUUUCAGUAUUGAAAAUUUAAGCUAAAUGUCACUGCUUAGAUGUUCCAAGCAAUUUUCUUGCUUUUUACUGAGGUAUUUUAGUUUCCCACUAAAAAGAUUUAAUACUAAUUUAGUCCCAAAAUGUGGAAGAUUCGUGUUUCAAAAAUAAGCACAUAAGUUCUCUGAAUUUUGUUUUUUUCCACUAAUAUGUAUGUCUAAGUUAAUUAGAUUACGGCAGUAAAAGUGUUAGGGAACUUUGAAGUAUGCAUCGGAGUUUUCAGGACUAAUGAUCAAAGGGAUCUCUGCUCAAGAGGUAAGGUAUGAAUGGCAUAGGUAGGAGUGUUAAAAAUGUGUUCAGUGUAAUUUUUUUAAAUGUCUAAUAAACUAUAAUAAUGCUUGGAUCUUUCAGACAGAUAUAAAAUAAGGAAAAUAAUUUUUCAUAGUAAUCUCUCCCAGAGAAGAGAAAUGAUAAACUACAAAUUUGUUUUGUAUGACUUCAGAGUGCGUUUUGAAGCAUAUACACAGACAUUGUACCCUUCGUGUACUUAGCCUCCUCUAUUCCAAGAGAUUUCUUACCUUGCUCUUGGUGUAUGAACCCUAUUUAAUUUUGUAUUUUAAAAUCAUGAGCACUAUAAAAAUAGUGUACUUUGCAUAGAAAGUUGUGUAUGUAUUCCAUGAUAUUAUUGCCAGGCUUCAUUUUGGCUAUAUAUGCUUAUUUUUAUUAAAUGAUACCCAGAACACAAAGUAAUUUUUUUUCUGUGUACUGUACUGAAUAAGAUGAGAAAUUAAUACAAAGACCUUUAUAAACAUUCACUUACAUUAUAACUUGGGAAUCUGUUACGUUAAGGAUUAAGAAAUAAUUUUGUUGGUUAGUAUGUAAAAUCGUUCAGAGAGGAAAGUUAUACUGUUAUUCUCUAGGGAAUAAAACAAACCAAACUCACCACCAUCGAGUCGAUUCUGACUCAAAGUGACCCUAUAGGACAGAGUAGAACUGCCCCAUAGGGCUUCCGAGGCUGUAAAUCUUUCU